UACGUUGCUCUCUCCUACUGCUGGGGCCUGGACCAGACCAUCAAGACCACUACAGUCAACUUGGCUCGACAUCAGAGAGGAAUAGAAGUCAGAAACCUGCCCAAAACUAUACAGGACGCGAUUCAUGUCACCCGACAUUUGGGUGUAAAACUCCUCUGGGUUGACAGCCUCUGCAUUGUUCAAAACGAUCCUGCCCUUUUAGCCAGAGAGGUCGGUGAUAUGGCUCAUUACUACGCCAACUCUAUAAUCACAAUUUCUGCGGCAGUAGCGAAAAGUUGUGCUGAAGGAUUCCUCAGCCCGCCUAACACGACAGGACCGGAUGGUUAUGUAGGAUUCUACUUCCCUUUUUCCGGUGACCCUCGCCCUGAUAACUCGUCCAAGAGACGCUUCAAGCUCUUCCGUGGUGAGGCGCGAGACGAGAUUGACCAUAUCGAUACCCGGGCUUGGACAUUGCAAGAGUCUCUGUUGGCCACUCGGUUGGUCUCCUUUGGCACUCGCCGGAUAUCCUGGGCUUGUAUGACCACUAGAUUCGGUCCAAGCUCAGGUGCUGCAUCACUCCGGGAUCGCAUAAACCCCGAGCAUCUAAUCUCAGAUCCUCAUGCUAUUCUUUAUCCACCUCUCGAAGCAAUCUUCCAGCUAUGGUCCAAGGUUGUGGAAGAGUUCUCGCAGCGGACACUUUCCGUUCCUGAAGACCGGCUGUUGGCCAUCUCAGGAGUUGCCCAAACACUUGGAAACAUGGUCAACCCGUUGGAUGAUAUCGACACAUCUCCGUACGCUGCGGGGCUAUGGAAUACGCCUCUCCUCCCACUACAACUCUUAUGGAUGCCAAAGAAGCCCCUCGCUCCGCAGCUGUCUUCCUCCUACAUAGCGCCGUCUUGGUCCUGGGCGAGCUUUCCAGGAGCCGUC